AUGCCUCCAAGAGUUAGGGGUAGAGGAAAGGGUCCCAUGCGAGGGGGACCAUCAGCAGGACCUUCAAAUCGACGCACCCCGUCUGCGUCCUUUUCCGGUUCUGACUCCUGCGACCAGUGGGGUCACUCCUUCGAACCAGCGAGACACUCUGUCACGUUGAGCUCCUCACCUUCAUUCCAUCCAUCAUUCAGGCCGCCUGUUUCAGACGAGCCGCAGCAUUCGCACCAUUCUCAACACUCCCACCACUCCCAUGAAUCUCACCAAUCCUACCAUUCGUUGCACUCUCAUUCCUUUCACCAUUCGGAUUCUACCUACUCCCAGGCACAGUUUAAUCCGAAUGAUUAUGUCAACGACUUUUUGGGCUACAACCCUUUGGGCCCUGAGGAUCACUUUCCUCAUGAAAUGGAGAUAGACGACGACCCAGACCCAGAAAUGCAAACUGGAACAUCGGGCCACCCGAUUAGCAUCUCAAGCGGUUCCCCAUUUCAGGGAUCACCGUACCAUGGCCCCGAUUCAUAUCAAGAGAGGAUGGCCGCAUAUGAUUGGUACUUUACUCCUUCGUACCAUAACUCUCCUGCUCAACCUCCUUUGGUUGAACCCCAGCUUCAAGCAGUUUCACCUCCACCACUUCCUGUUGAGGAGCCGCCUCAGCAGCCACCACAGCCACCUCCCGAGCCUCCGAGGCGAAGGAGGAAUGCACGUAUAUCCGUGCGAGGAAGACCUCGUUUUAGUUCUCCUCAGGGUUCAAGUUCUUACCCUCCUAUUCCCGAGGACCCCCAAAUGGGUGGACCCUCGCACGCGGUGCCGGAGAACGAUCCUCCGCCAGCUUCUUAUGCACCACCGCCACCUCCUAUGGGUUUCGACAACCCUAUCCCGACUUACCCAGGUUCAUCUGGGUAUAACCCAUCAGGAUACCCAUCAGAUUAUGGAACUCAUGAUCCAUAUCUCACUGUUGCACAAUACAAUGCACUUUACCCUUCUUCUUACCCUCCAGUUUACCCAACUGGAUAUCCGGUGCAGGGGUAUCAAUACCCCCCAUAUCAGCAACCUCCUCCUUUCCAGCAGCAGCAAACUCAGGAGAUCCUGCAAAGGUUAGAUAGGGUUGAACAUGAGGCAAGUGAAACCAAGAAGAAGCACAGUAGUUUUCUCAAAGGCCUUGCGAGCCUUAUUAAGGGCAAGAAGAAAUAG